AUGUCAGACCUGGGAAAGCUCACAUACAAUCUCGACAUCUUAGUAUAUCAAGGAGAUGAUGGAAUCGAAAUCAAACAGGAAGCUUAUGCAAGAAGGAUUUUAAGAGAAGUUGGGUUAGAAGGAUAUAAUUCAACAAAGAUUGCUAUGGAGUUUGGACUUACGGUUUCAAAAGCUGAAAAGGAAGAAAAGAUAGAUCCUACGAGUUACAAAAGAAAUGUGGGAUGCUUGAGAUACUUACUACACACUCGACCAGACCUAGUUUUCUUGGUUGGUGUCACUAGCCGGUAUAUGCAGAGUCCUCGGCAUUCACAUGGUGUUAUUAUGAAGCAGAUACUUCGUUACCUUAGUGGAACCGUGUCUUAUGGUUUAAAAUAUGGUCGAGGAGGAUCAAAAAAGAUUCAUGGUUUCAGUGACAGCAGUCUCAACAUUGAUCCGGAUGAUGGAAGAAGCACCACGGGUCACAUGUUCUGUUUUGGAGCUACACCAAUUAGUUGGUGUUCACAACAACGGGGGACAGUUUCUCUUUCGUCAUGCGAAGCAGAGUACAUGGCAGUGACGGAGGCUGCUAAACAAGCUAUUUGGUUGCAGGACACUUUGAGCGAGAUAACCGGAAAAGAGAUGGAGCAGAUCACCAUCUGGAUCGACAACUAG